AUGGACCAAGUCAAAUACACCGGAACGCUUUUGCACAUUGAGGACAUGGGAUCGAGACGUUUGUCCAGGGAAGCGGUGAAAAAGCUGAUCUACCACUCUCAGGAGGCAAAGAAGCAAGCGUACUGCCCUUACAGCAAAUUUAGAGUGGGAGCAGCCCUCCUGACUGUUGACAACUGCUUGUUUACAGGUUGCAACGUGGAGAACGCGUGCUACAACUUGGGCGUAUGUGCGGAGAGGAACGCUAUUUCAAAAGCUGUUUCUGAAGGCUACACGACAUUCAAGGCCAUUGCAAUUGCUAGUGACUUGAGUGACCAAUUCAUCUCGCCAUGCGGUGGCUGCAGACAGUUCAUGAGAGAGUUCGGGCCAAGCUGGGACGUUUACCUGUCGAAGCCUGAUGGAUCGUACACGAAGAUGAGCGUCAACCAGCUGCUGCCGGCCUCGUUUGGUCCCGAAGAUCUGGACAUGAAAAAAGUCCUGGACAUCCCCAAUGAAUACUGA